CACCCUCCUGGAAGCCGUAGUGGGGAAAAGUGGGGGAGUCCUGCGCUUUGCACCCGACUGGAGCGGAUCAGAGCGCGGGUAGAAGAGACAAGAAUGGGAUCUCGGGCGCUCUGCUUGGUUCUACUGGCUCUGGGGGCGCUGGAGGGCGGAGUCCAGGGGGCCAAUGUCUGUACCACCCGAGGAGUGAAUUCCUGCCAGCAGUGCCUUGCUGUGAGCCCUCUAUGUGCCUGGUGCUCAGCGGAGGAUUUUGCUCUAGGAUCUUCCCGUUGUGACCUGAAAGAGAACCUGCUAAAGGAGGGAUGUGAUCUUGAAUCCAUUGAAUUCCCAGUCAGCCAAAUCAGGAUUCUGGAAGCUAGACCUCUAAGUAAUACGGGUUCCGGAGAUAGUUCCAAGAUCACCCAGGUCAGCCCCCAGAAGAUUGAGCUACGACUGAGGCCAGAUGACUCUCAGACCUUCUCGGUGCAAGUGCGUCAAGUGGAGGACUACCCAGUAGACAUCUACUAUUUGAUGGAUCUGUCCAAUUCUAUGCGGGAUGAUCUGCAGAAAAUUCAGUCUUUGGGGACUAAGUUGGCUUCUGAGAUGCGCAAGCUUACCAGUAACCUACGCAUUGGCUUUGGGGCCUUUGUGGACAAGCCUAUGUCGCCAUAUAUGUACAUUUCUCCUCCAGAGGCCCUUAAAAACCCUUGCUAUGAAUUGAAGACAACCUGCUUACCUAUGUUUGGCUACAAGCAUGUAUUGACUUUGACGGAUCAGGUGACCCGCUUCAAUGAGGAAGUGCGAAAGCAGAAUGUGUCAAGGAACCGGGAUGCCCCAGAAGGUGGAUUUGAUGCCAUAAUGCAAGCUACAGUCUGUGAUGAAAAAAUUGGCUGGAGGAAUGAUGCAUCCCAUCUGCUGGUGUUCACCACUGAUGCCAAGACCCACAUCGCUCUGGAUGGGAGGCUAUCAGGAAUCGUUCAGCCCAAUGAUGGGGAAUGCCACAUUGGUAGUGACAAUCACUACUCUGCCUCCACCACUAUGGACUAUCCCUCUCUGGCACUGAUGACUGAGAAGCUGUCCCAGAAGAACAUCAACUUAAUCUUUGCAGUGACUCGAAGUGUGGUCAGCCUCUAUCAGAACUAUAGUGAGCUCAUCCCAGGGACCACAGUGGGUAUGCUGUCUGGGGAUUCCAGUAAUGUCCUUCAGCUUAUCAUUGAUGCCUAUGGGAAAAUCCGUUCUAAAGUGGAGCUGGAAGUCCGAGAUCUUCCUGAGGAGCUGUCCUUGUCCUUCAAUGCUACCUGCCUCAACAACGAGGUCAUCCCAGGUCUCAAGUCCUGUGUUGGCCUCAAGAUUGGAGACACGGUGAGCUUCAGCAUCGAGGCCAAAGUCCGUGGCUGUCCCGAAGAAAUGGAGAAAUCCUUCACCAUUAAGCCUGUGGGGUUCAAGGACAGCCUCACCGUCUUCGUCACUUUUGACUGUGAUUGUGCCUGUCAGGCCCAGGCUGAACCACACAGCAGCCGCUGCAACCAGGGCAAUGGGACCUUUGAGUGUGGGGUGUGCCGCUGUGGCCCUGGCUGGCUGGGUGCCCAGUGCGAGUGCUCCGAGGAGGACUACAGCCCCUCCCAGCAGGAUGAGUGCAGUCCCCAGGAGGGCCAGCCCGCCUGCAGCCAGCGCGGGGAGUGCCUGUGCGGCCAGUGCGUCUGCCACAGCAGCGACUUUGGCAAAGUCACCGGAAAGUACUGCGAGUGCGAUGACUUCUCCUGUGUCCGAUACAGAGGUGAAAUGUGCUCUGGCCAUGGCCAAUGCAGCUGUGGGGACUGUCUUUGUGACUCCGACUGGACUGGUGACUACUGUAACUGCACCACCCGCACAGACAUGUGCAUGUCAAGCAAUGGACUACUGUGCAGUGGCCGAGGUCAGUGUAUCUGUGGCAAAUGUGUCUGCAUUCAGCCUGGAUCUUAUGGUGACACCUGUGAGAAGUGCCCCACCUGUCCUGAUGCCUGCACAUUUAAAAAAGAAUGCGUGGAAUGCCAGAAGUUCAAGCGGGGAACAUUGUGGGAAGAGGAUACUUGUAGUCGCUACUGCCGGGAUGAGAUUAUGCCUGUGACAGAACUCGCAGACACCGGCAAGGAUGCAGUGAACUGUACCUAUAAGGAUGAGAAUGACUGUGUAGUCAGGUUCCAGUACUAUGAAGAUUCCAGUGGGAAGUCCAUCCUUUAUGUGGUGGAUGAACCAGAUUGUCCCAAAGGCCCUGAUAUCUUGGUGGUCCUGCUCUCAGUGACCGGAGCCAUAUUACUCAUUGGCCUCGCCACACUGCUCAUUUGGAAGCUGCUUAUCACCAUCCAUGAUCGAAGAGAAUUUGCCAAAUUUGAAGAGGAGAGAGCCAGAGCCAAGUGGGACACAGCCAACAACCCACUGUAUAAAGAAGCCACAUCUACUUUCACCAAUAUCACUUACCGUGGGAACUCAUAAUGGGACGCUCAGCAGCAGCAGAGCCAAGGAUUGUGGGUGUUUCCUACACCAUGUUUACAGAAGAUUGUAUGGAUGUUGUAGGAUCUGGGAGCAGUAAAGGGGACUGGGGGAAAGAUCAACAUGGGGGUGAGAGAUGUGUGUGUCUCCCUCUGGACAUAUCCUUGUGUACUUGAGGGUAUAUUGUGUGUGUAUGUGUAUGUGUGUGUGUGUGUGUGUGUGUGUGUGUGUGUGUUAUUUAACAUUUCUGAGGGAAAAUACCUCAGCCAGCUUUUUUUGGGGGGGGGAGGGAGCACUUACUUCAGGGAUCCUUUUUUUUUUUUUUGUAUUUAGCUCUUCCCAGCAGAGCAUUUGGGCCUCAUUACCUCAGUGAGAAGCUAUCUCACCUCACAUGAGCCAGACUCCCUGAGAAGAAAGGCAGGAAUGUGGCUAAGUCUGAAGUUGGGGUAGGGAGAUGGAUAGAGAAAACUAAGUCCUUGGAUGUACCAUCAUGAGGGUCUCUGGCUCCUGGAACUGAUUCAGCCUCCUAGUACUUAUGGUAGAAAUUGCCUGGCGGUUUUCCUUGUCACCUCAGUCUAUGUGUGUGUGGCAACAUGACCCCAUUUCCAUUCUUCUCUUCUCGUGUUGGAUGAAGGAGAAGCCAAGGAGAAGAGCUACAUUGGGUUUUGAUUCUCUGGGAUAACUCUGCAGGGCUGUCUGGCACUCAUAUGCCGACAGCCUGUGCCCAUUGUUGUCUCUUUCUCUCAAGCUACCAUUUUCCUUCAGCAUACAUGGAGUGGCUGAGCUAUUAUUGAUGGAUACAAUAUUCUGAGCUGAUUUAGAGUGCCCAUGUAUGUAACAAGGUCCCCCCAAGGCCAACUUUCCCAUCCUAGUCCCACCUCAUCUACUUUAACCUAUGGCUGCUAUGGAAAAUUCGACUUGCUCUAGGGAUUGAACCCAUAGACAGCUCGAUUCAUCCCUGCUAUUUCAGGGUAAGAAAAAACAGUUCCUCUUUCAGGAAGGUGAUGGGGUGAGAAUCAGAAGACUGGAAGUCGAACACUUUCGGUGUUCUGUUCACUCUCCAUGGUCCAACUCAGUUUCUCUGAACUAUACCCAACACUGCGUCUGAUCACAUUGACCUCAUCUCUUGGAGAUGCUAUGAGAGACUAUACUCAUGAGCCUCUAAAGUUGAUAAACAUGAGGUGCAGAAAUGGAAUGAUGAAACUGGGAAGAAGCAUAAUGGACAGGGCAUGAGACUUCAUGUUGGGGCCUGGGCGUGAAUCCUAGCUCUGCCAUUUUUUGACCUGUAUGACCUUGAUGAAGUCAAUUAAACUCUGUAUUUCAGUUUCCUCAUUUGUAAAAUGAGGAAGUUGGACUGGAUGACCUCUACGGUCCCUUAUAGCACUAUACCUCUGAGCCUAUUUACUUAAAUGGUCUUUUUUGGGUUCUUGUGUUUGGCUUGAACAUUCCCAUUUUAACUUGGUGACUAACCUGAGAGACCACAAAUAUGUGACCUUGUCUCUUUCCUUUUCAGAGUACCCAGAGCCUAAAGGAAACACCUGUAAUUCAAAGGAACUUUUUAUAGUUUAGGCUUUUAAAAAAAGUUCUAAUUCUUCUUGGAGAGCACUAAUAAGGAAAUGAAACACCCACAUUGUAUUCUGCACUGGUCAACCACAACUGGUCUGGUUUUCUUGAACCAGAUGCUUGAAUGCUUUCUUUCUUUUUUCUUUUUUUUAAACCCUUACCUUCUGUCUUGGAAUCAAUACUGUGUAUUGGCAUCAAGGCAGAAGAGCAGUAAGGGCUAGGCAAUGGGAGUUAAGUGACUUGCCCAGGGUCACACAGCUGGGAAGUGUCUGAGGCUAGAUUUGAACCCAGGAUCUCCCAUCUCUAGGCCUGGCUCUCAAUCCACUGAGCUACUCAGCUGCCCCCUUGAAUACUUUCUUGAAGCAUUUUGUACAAUGCAGCCUGAGUCUAGAGAACUGGGCUAACAGGUCAAUGACUUAAGAAGGGCAUUGACAAAUUAUAAUCUAGAGAGGAGGGUAAUCAGGGUGGUAAAGAUAGCCAAUACAAGCAACACUUGAAGGAAAUAGGCAAGUUUAAACCUUAAAGGAGAAGAUUUAGGAGAGAGAUGGUAGCCAUCUCCAAGGGAAGGGAAAGGAAAAGAAAGAGAAGGAAAGAGAAGGGCUCUAGAACAGAGGGAUAUUAGACCUUUUUCUAUAUAGUUCUGGAGAGAAAAGGGGAUAAGUGUUUACUAAGCACCUACUAUCUACCAGGCACUGCUAAUAGUCUUUUAUAAAUAUCUUAUAUUGAUUUUUAUAACAACUCUUAUGACGUAGUAUUAUAAUCCACAUUUUUCAGUUGAGGAAACUGAGGCAAACAGGAGUUAAAUGAUUUGCCUGGGUUCAGUCACACAGCUAGCAAAGUGACUGAUACUGGAUUGGAAUUCAGGUCUUCUUAACUCUAGGACUGUCCAUCUAUUCACUGUACCACUAGAACAAGCACAGAACAGGGAGUAAGGACACUUGGAUUCUGGUCCUAGGCCUGCCAUUAAUUUACUGCGUGACCUUCUAUAAGCCACUUUUAUUUCUUUGCAUUUCUUCUUCUUUUUUUAAUGAAUGUCCCUUCCAGUAGAAUGCAAGUCCCUUGAGGAGAUGGACUUGAUCAUUAUAUCACUUUAAAUCUCAGAGGUAUUCCCCAAGAGAGUAUGCCACACAUAGUAGGUGCCUAACAAAUGCUUGUUGAAUUAAAUUUAUAGUUUUAAAGUUUUGUCACCUAAAUUGCAGGAGUCUAGAUAUUGCCUUAACAUAAGGAAGGAUUUUCUAAUGGUCAAAGAUGUUUUUUAAAACAUCACUUCCUCAUGUGUUUGAGAACACUCCAUGACUAGAAGUGUUAAAAUUCAACUCUAUGAAUACCUAAUGGGUUUCCCUGCAGCAACUGGUGCUGAGUAGAAAUGUGAACCAGAAAGCCUAGAUUGUACUUUCCAAAGCUCAAAAUCCUAAGAUUUUUUUAAGAGGUGUUACUAUUUGUGGGCUGGGUGCCGAUACUGUCAACUGGGUGCCAUCUGUCUGGAAUUGCCUGUUAUCCAUCAUUGCAGAGGCCCAUGAUGACCGAAGGUCCUUGAUUUUUCCUGGAUCUGUUCUAUUUAGUUCUAAGAUUUAAGUAGGGAUUUAAGACCCACUACAGCAUGAUUCACAUUCAGGCCAAAACCCACUAAGUUUCUUGCUUCCUUCUUGGGAAUAAUUUCUCUAGGAAUGAGGCUGGGGCUGAGUGGGGUGUAUUGAGGCAGGAAAACCAUCAUCAUCCAGAUUCAAGAAUCCAAUAGAAUACACAAUUAGAAAGAUCCCAGGAUAAGAAGAUGAGAGCUAGGUUUUAGUGACAAUAUUGCUGCUCUGCUGUAGUGUAUUCUCGUGUCUCUUGCUGUGUAAUCUUGAGCAAAGUCCCUCGACCUCGUUGGGUUUCAGUUUCAUCUGUUAUCAAAUAAAGGAAAUGAACUAGAUGAGCCUCAAAUCUUUUCCAAUUCUGAGAGGGAGCCAGAUGGUACGAGAGGAUAGAGUGGUGGACGCAGUGAAAAUAUUGCUUCAGACACCGAUUAACUCAGUUCUCUAUGGUUGGUGAUAGGGAAGAAAGAAAGUGUUCCUCAAGAAAAGACAAACAUUUCCUUGAAAUUUGGUCAAUGACUGUUGAGUCGAUGGCCUUUCUGUCAUUCACUAAUUAGUAGUAAUGACCCACAUCCUGUGAUACUUUGGGCUUUGUAUAUACAAUGUUAAAAUAGUUCCAUUGAUCUGGCUUGUUGGGCAUUGCGUGGCUAAAAAUUUGAAUGAUAUUUUGGUGUGAGACAAAGACAGAAGGUCUGGGGGUGAGGGUGAAGGGAGAGUGGACGCUGGCCAUGUGUGAGUCAUUCAUGCCUACCCUUCUCAGAAGCCCCAGAUAGAAGGGGGCACUCUGAACAUUCCUGGAUCCCAGCUGACCUCCGCUGCCACAUAUGGAAUCAGCUUUUUUACUUCCCAGCUAUUCAUGGGGCAUAUGCAUAGCUUCAAAAAUUCCUCGCCGUCCAUGUUCUGGUAUCUGUUACUCAUGUGCCUUCCCUAUUUAGCCGUCUCCUCUGUCUGUGCUGUGCAACUUUGAAUUAAAAGUGCCUUCCAGAAAGGGUUGGCCCCAAA